UCGGGUCACGCAGUAACCUUUCAUCCCUUGCAGGCGGCGCUUGUUCGGAGUUUUGAGUUGGUUGGUCUUUUGUGAUCUGACCUGAAAAAAAACCGCAGGCCUAUUAUUGUUGAAAACGAAUGUUCCGAAAACAUGGCUGAUUUUACUACAGCUCUGUCCAAAGAAGGCUGGUGUCUUUCAGAUGAAGGAAUUGAAGCCUGCACAAAAUCUGUGGACAAUGUGCUUUUUAACGACAUUAUCAGGAUUGCGCUUAAUAGUGAUCUACGAUCAAUUGGCAAGCCAUUUCUGCCAAGUGAAAUUAACAGUGGAAGAGUGGAAAAGCUUGAAGGCCCAUGCAUUCUUCAAGUACAGAAAAUUAGAAACGUGUCAGCUCCUAAAGACAAUGAAGAAUCACAAGGUGCUCCAAGGAUGCUACGAUUGCAGAUGACAGAUGGUCAUACAAACUGUUUGGGAAUAGAAUUCAAACAUCUCUCCAAAAUAAGUUUAAACACCCCCCCUGGUACGAAAGUAAAGCUUCUGGGUACAGUGCAUAUAAAAAAUGGCUUUUUGCUUUUGGAUGACACCAGGAUUAUUGUCCUUGGAGGAGAAGUUGAUCAUAUGAUAGACAAAUGGGAGUUACAAAGGAGUUUAGCAAAACACAAUAGAAGUAAUAUUGGUGCAGAAGGUGGACCACCCCCGUUUGUGCCUUUUGGCCAGAAAUGUGUUAAUCAAGAGCAAGUGGACACCAGGGAGCUGGAUCAAAGGAAGACACUACAGGUUACAAAUAUUGUUAAGCCUGCAGAUGAAAAUGAUGAAUUUGAGAAGCAAAGGAUUGCUGCCAUUGCAGAAGUGGCAAAGAGCAAAGAGAUAAGAACUUUUGGAGGCGGAGGAAAUGCUGGAAGCAAUCUCAACACCAUCGGUGUAAGUUACAAAAGCAGAGAUACAUUCCAGAGAAAACGAGAGGAAAAACCUGCAUGGAUAGAAGGCCGCUCUGAAGGUGUUUAUCGAGAGUUGGUGGAUGAGAGGGCUUUAAGAGACAUAAUGGAAAUGGGUUUCAAUAAAGAAGCUGCAAGACAGGCUCUUAUGGAUCAUAGCAACAACUUGGAAGCUGCACUAAAUUUUCUACUAAACAGCAAUAAGCCGAAACCUGCUCAGGGACCUCUGCCAAGAGGAAAGGGGCGUGGCAGAGGGAGGACUAGACCAGAGGAUGAAGAUGAAUUGCUGGGUGGUAGACCGUCUGGCCCUAGUACAUUGUUUGAUUUCUUGGAGUCAAAGAUGGGUUCUUUCUCUAUUGAAGAACCAAAAAGCCAAUCUACACUGAACCAUCAGGCACAACAGAACAAGAUAUUUUACCCAAGCAAAGACCAUUGUACAAGGGAACCCCAGGAACCCAUGCAACCAAAAUAUCCUCAAAGAAAUGAAGUGAGGCAUCAAAGAAACGACAGACCACCGCGAUUCCAAAAAGAUACUCCACCCGCCAGGCUAGCUCAGGAAACGUCUGCCCCAUCAAGGUGGAGUGCUCCUGAAAAAACAAACUCUAUAGGGUCUGAAAAUAGGACUGAAGGGAGAAAGAAGGGAGGCCGAACUUACUCUACCAAUGUGAGGCAAAGAGAGCAUGCACUAUCAGGCACUUCCCCACAGAAUGAAAUGUUUGUUAAAAAGAGUCUAUGGGAUAAUACUAUGCAGAACAAAUCCAUGGAAUGCAGCAGUGAAAUGGACCUCAAAGGAAAUCCAAGUCGUGAUUACAAAAUAGAAGCAAAUCAUCAAAAGAGAGGAAAAUAUGACAAGCAGAGCACAGAUAAUUAUGAAAGAAAAUCAAAAGCCGUGGAUAAUGGAAACUUCUAUAAUUCACGAACAGACAGAGACACCAAUAUAGCAAAUGACUUUGGUACUGUUAGAACAGUUGUCAACACUCGCAAUGUGCAAAAUGGAGAGUCAGAGCAUUCUCACCAUAAAAGAAGUGGACCCAUAAAGAAGCCAAGUACAAACUCUUUCAAUGAUCAUGAAAGCAAGAAUGCUUUUUAUAAUUCUGGACCUAAAACAAGGUCAGGGCCAAUCAAGUCUGAGAAAGCUUUUGAAACCCCUUAUGUUUCUUCAGAGUCUAACCGUUUGCAGUAUGAUCAUUGGAAGCCAGGAGACCAGUGCCUUGCCCUUUACUGGGAAGAUAAUAAGUUUUACCGGGCCAGAAUCAAUGGAGUUCAUCCUUCAGGAACAACAGCAGUGGUUGUGUUCAGUGAUUAUGGGAACUAUGAAGAAGUGUUGCUCCAUAACGUCAAGCCCAUUGAAGCUGAGACAUGGGAAGAAGAUGACGUGUAUUAUGAAAAGUCACUAGAGUACCGUGGAGGUGGGGAUGGGCAGCCAAGGCGCACAAGGCCUACACAAGAAUAUUAUCAGCCGCCUAGAGCUAGAGACUGAUGUGUGAGGAAGAAUUAAAGGUCGCUCAUUCAAAGAAACACUAAAAGAAGCACAACCUUAAUGCUGAAUAGAUCUUUUCCUCUAAAAUUCUGACACCGUUCUUCCACGUUUGGUUGAAGUUGUGUUAAGAAGUAAACAUUUUCAAAAGGGCUUUCGCAAAUGGUGGGUAAACUAACAAGGGUAAAUCAAAGACAUUGUACGAAGCACAGAGCUUUUUGUACAUGAAGUAGAUGUGUAAGAGAGUCUUAAUAAAAUGCAGUGAAUUAUUGUGA